AUGGCCAAUGCUUAUACACACAAGCAAAUCUCAAAAAGGAUGCUGAUACCAGUAAAAGCCUGGAAGCUAGCCAAAUUGAGAGGCUGGCAAACUGCUGGGCAGGAAAACCAACAGCAGGAGGCUGGGACCCUUGGAGACGGUGACUGGUUUGUGUUUGACACGUUGAUAUCUUGGUUCCCGAGGACUGAAUCCAGGGCUUUAGGAAGCCAAAGAUGCUGCCAGACACUUGAGCAACAUAUCGAAGGGCGCCUAGUUGGAGAAGCAAGUUAUAAUGUUAUAGCCUUAUCUCUGAACCACGCUCACAUCAUAGAGAUGGAGAAUCAGGAUCAUGUCUCUGCCGCCACAGCAGCCACGAUUCCAGUCUCCUCUGCCAUGCCCUCAUGCCCUCCUCUCUGGCUGCUGCCUCUGGUCCUCUUCCUGCCCCUGGGUUCAACUUGCCCCGAAGGCUGUGCCUGUAAGGACACCCACACCAUAGACUGCAGGGACUUGGGACUCUCCGACCUGCCCACUGGGGCUUUCCCUCUGGUUAUCAGGAAGAUUCUGUUAAGCAACAACCAAAUCCAGGAGAUCCCGACUGAUUUCUUCAUGUACUACGGAGACCUGGUGUACCUGGACCUCAGCAAUAAUUCCCUCUCCUCCAUCGCUAAAGGGACCUUCAGCACCACCAAGCUAAUCUAUUUAGACUUGAGGCACAACAACUUCUCCCAGUUGAGCUCGGGGACGUUCAGCUCAGCGCACAGGCUGAUUAUGUUACGCCUGGGCAACAACCCGCACCUGGGGCAGGUAGACGAGGAAGCUUUCCAGAGUUUGGACCUCCUCCAGGUUCUGGAGCUCAACGACAACGCGCUGGAGGCCCUGAGUGUCACGACCCUCAGCUCCUUACCGUCCCUUCGCACUGUGAGGCUGGAGGGCAAUCCCUGGCUCUGCAACUGUACAUUCGCUAACCUCUUCCUCUGGCUCAGGGACAACGCCGAUAUUCUUCCUGCAGGCUUUGCUGCCAUCCAGUGUUCCUUGCCCAGGGAUAUGAGGAAGAUUACACUCAGCGAGUUAUCUGACAACAGCUUCAUUGAGUGCGAAUUCUCACUGACUCUGACAGACUACCUGAUUAUCUUUUUCUCUGGGGUUUGUGUCUCCAUCACUGCCAUUACAACAAGCUUCUUCUUGGCCAAUAUUGUUCAGUGCUUCCAGAGACUGGGAUUAUUCAAGGAAAGCGAUGAUGAUGAUGAUGAAGAGGAUAACUAAUAGCAAGGAGCAGACACCAAAUGAACAUUCAUUUUUUCCUAAAUUUUUCAUUUGCAAGGAAGAAGUGUUUUUACUUAAAUAUGA